AUGGCCUUGAUUUCGCCUGCCCAUAUGGCCACAGCAACAUCAGUACUUCCGGGAACAAUGUGGCGAAGACCAUUCGAAGACGCCUGGGAGGUCCGGAUGAGGAGCCAAACCUUGUCGCUGUGUAUGAUCCACCCUGCCCUACAUACGCAUAGUCUUCACCUUUGCUCGUUUCGACGAGAUCCUCAAACUUAUGGCAAGCGACGAAAGCCUCUCCUUCGUUAUCCGGCUCAUAACCCCCCCGGCCUCAUGCCAUACACUUACGACUACGUCUCGCUCUUCUUUCCCGCAGCACGUAGCCCACUGGACACGACACCUUCCGUCGCAAGGAGCGAAGACAAGUUUUGGCCAUGA